GUAUGGCCCGCUUGAUUCCAGUUGUGAUCUGUUCAACCACGUUAGUUCGAGGAGGUUUUGUUUCAUUUACGAACGAAAUCGUGCGCAAAUAAUCCAAAAUACAUCAUGGAUGACGAAUGGGAUGUCGAAAACGCUGAAGCGAAAUUCGACCUCGCUAUCAGAUCCAACAAGUGGGAGGGUGAAGAUGAAGACGAAGACGUGAAGGAUAGUUGGGAAGAUGUUGAAGAGGAAAAGAAAGAUGUAGAAAAACCUGCAGAAAUGCCUAAGGCUAAGCCAAAGCCAAAAAAAGCUUUGGCAGAAAGAAUUGAAGAGCGUGAGAAAAAGGCAAGGGAAGAGGUAGAAAGGAAAGCAAAAGAGAAAGAGGAAGCAUUGACACCAGAGGAGAGGAGAGUAGAACAAUUAAAGCGUCAGAGGCUCCAAGAAGAAGCUGAUCUACGUCUUGCCAUGGAAACUUUCGGUGUAGCAGAAGAAUCUGUGUUGAGCUUGGACACUACAGUACCCAACACAAAAGAAGAAUUUGAACAAUAUGGAAAUGUACUUGUGCAAAAACUAAAUCUACUUGCUAAAAAUGCUGAAUUUCCUGCAUUUGCAGAAGAAAUUAUCAAAACUGUUGCUCUCAAUUUAUCCUCAACGUAUUUGAAGAAAGUUAAAACAAUGAUCGAUAAUUUGUUAAUUGAGAAGCAGAAGAUCGAAAAAGGAGAAAAGGCGAAAAAGAGCAAGGGCAAGGGGAAAGCGAAACUGAAAAUCGAGGGUGACAACACUCUUUUGAGCGAAUACGGCGACUAUGUUUACGAUGAUUACGACGAUUUUAUGUAGCGACCUUUUCAUCCCAUAUUUUUAUUAUUCCCUAUUCCCUUUUCUAGUCGCCUAAAUACACGCAGAUGGUUAUUAACGUUUUUGCAGAUUUUAUAUCCUUUAUUCUCUCUUUAUAUUCAAAUUCUCAGUUUCUUUAUUUUUAAAUGUUGGUUCAAGGUUAGAAUCCUAAAUAAUCUUUUUUUUUUUAGAAUUUCAUAUUAUAGCAUAUACAAACACACACACAUACACACGCGCGCACACACACACACACACAAGAAUGUGGUACAUCUAAGGGAUGUAAAAGAAUCUUAAGAUAAAGUGUUAAUGUGUUUUAAAUAUGAUUGAAAUGCUACAUUAAUACUAAUCCGAUUAAUGAAACUAUCAACAAUUCUGAAAAGUCGGCAAUUUUUAAACACGCGCGCCAGAAAAUUUAGUCAUGUUUAUUAUAUUAACUUAGAAAAUAAUUAUAACUAAUGCAAACUGUACACACCGAUAUAAAACUUCAAAAGUCGAGAAGAUACAAUGCAAAAGUACGAAGACACCAACAACGAUGUUCAUAAUGCGAGCGUUACGGCAUAACUAAAUGAAUUGGCGAGUAGCGGGGUAACU